AUGGCCUCCGGGCUCUCCGAGAGGAUCAAGGCCACGCUGCAGGCCGAUCAAGCCACGCGAUCCGCUGGAGAGGCAGAGUUGAAGGCUGCGGAGGAGAGUCCUGGCUUCCUGAACGCACUGCUCGAUGUACUCAACAGCGACGAAAUUGCUGCGGUGAAGCUGUCAGCGGUCGUCUACUUCAAGAACCGAGUCAGCCGCGGCUGGUCCAAACCCGACGACACCCAGUCCUCCACCAUCUCCGACGACGAGAAAGCCGCCGUCCGCCCUCGCAUCGUCCCCGUCAUCGCUACCGCCCAACCCCCCGUCCGAGCCCAACUCAUCGUCGCCCUCCAAAAGAUCCUGCACUCCGACUUCCCCAAGCAGUGGCCCGAUUUCGUGGACAUCACCAUCAAGCUCCUCAACGCGCAGGAUGUGCCCUCGGUGUUCGCGGGGCUGCAGUGCAUGCUGGCGAUAUGUCGGACGUACAGGUUCAAGUUGGGGGAGAACAGAGGGGACUUUGAUAGGAUCGUGGAGACGACCUUCCCGCAGCUGCUGAAUAUUGGGAACAGCUUGGUGAAUGAGACGAGCUUGGAGGCGGGGGAGAUGCUGAGGACGGUGUUGAAGGCGUACAAGCAUGCGAUCUAUUUCGAGCUGCCGAAGCAGUUGCGGAGUCACCAGGCGAUGGUGGAUUGGUGCACGCUCUUUUUACGAGUGGUCGCGAAAGAGCCGCCAGAGAACUCGAUGAUGGAGGACACGGACGAGAGGGAGCUGAACCACUGGUGGAAGUGCAAGAAGUGGGCAUACGUCAACCUCAACCGGCUAUUCGUGCGGUACGGCAACCCGGCGAGCCUGCAGAAGGGCAAUGGGGAAGACUACACCGAAGUCGCCAAGACGUUCAUCAACAACUUUGCGCCGGAGAUAUUGAAGGGCUACCUGACGCAGGUGGAGGCGUGGAUUCACAAGCGGAUAUGGCUGAGUAAGCCCUGUCUGUCGUUCACUCUGGCCUUCCUGGACGAGUGCGUGAAGCCGAAGAUGAUGUGGGAUCACCUGAAGCAGCACAUGUCGAUUCUGAUUGAGCAUCUGGUGUUCCCAGUGCUAUGUCAGACUGAUGAGGACAUUGCGCAGUUCGAGGACGAGCCGGCGGAGUAUCUGCAUCGGAAGCUGAAUUUCUACGAGGAGGUGUCCGCGCCGGAUGUCUCUGCGACGAACUUUUUGGUCACACUGACGAAGAACCGGCGGAAACAGACGUUCGAGAUUCUGAACUUUAUCAACGGGAUUGUCAGCAAGUACGAGACCGCGCCAGAGGGGCAGAAGAAUCCACGGGAGAAGGAGGGUGCGUUGCGGAUGAUAGGGACAUUGGCGAACGUCAUCCUGGGGAAGAAGAGUCCGAUCGCUGAUCAGGUGGAAUACUUCUUCGUGCGGCACGUCUUUCCAGAAUUCAGGAGUCCGCAUGGAUUCUUGAGAGCUCGGGCUUGCGACACGCUGGAGAAAUUUGAGGCGCUGGAUUUCAAGGAUCAGAACAACCUCACCAUUGUCUAUCGGAAUAUCCUGGAGUCCAUGGCGGAUCCGGAUCUCCCUGUGCGGGUGGAGGCUGCGUUGGCAUUGCAACCGCUGAUACGGCACGAUCCUAUCCGAAUUAUGAUGCAGCAGAACAUCCCUCAGAUCAUGCAGCAACUCCUCAAGCUCGCCAACGAGGUGGAUGUGGAUGCCCUGGCGAACGUCAUGGAGGAUUUUGUUGAAGUCUUCGCAACCGAGCUCACCCCCUUCGCCGUCGCACUUAGCGAGCAACUUCGAGAUACCUACGUCCGCAUCGUGCGCGAGCUGAUCGAACGAAAUAGCUCGAAGGAGGGCGAUGAAGGGUACGGCGACUUCCUGGACGACAAGAGCAUCACCGCGCUUGGUGUGCUCCAAACCAUCGGCACCCUCAUCCUUACACUUGAAAGCACGCCCGACGUUCUCGCACACCUCGAAACGAUUCUUAUGCCCGUCAUCACCAUCACUCUCGAGCACAAGCUCUACGACCUGUACAACGAGAUCUUCGAAAUCAUCGACAGCUGCACCUUUGCGGCCAAAGUCAUCACGCCGACUAUGUGGCAAGCGUUCGAACUUCUUCAUCAGACCUUCAAGUCUGGCGCCGAGCUGUACUUGGAAGACAUGCUCCCCGCGCUGGAGAAUUUUGUCAACUACGGCUGGAAGACGCUCAUGGAGACGCCUGCGUACCUUGAAGCGGUGGUGGAUAUGGUCCGCACCAUCUUCAAGGACGAGAAGGUCGGCGGCGUGGACCGCAUCUGCGGCUGCAAGCUAGCGGAGAUCUUGAUGCUGAAUCUGCGCACGGGGAUCGACAUGUACAUUCCCGAGUUCAUCUCGCUGGCCAUGACUGUGCUGGUGAACGACGAGUUGAAGGUCAAGACGUACCGGAUCCACCUGAUGGAGAUGGUGAUCAACGCCGUCUACUACAAUCCACGCCUGGCGAUCGGCGUGCUGGAGGCGAACGGCUGGACGAAUAAGUUCUUCAGUCUGUGGUUCUCGAGUAUCGAUUCCUUCACUAGGGUGCAUGACAAGAAGCUGAGCAUUGGAGCCAUCAUCGCAUUGUUGACGCUCAGAGCGGACGAGGUGCCGCAGAGUGUGCAGCAAGGGUGGCCGAGAUUGCUUCAGGGCAUCGUGCGGCUAUUCCAGACGUUACCAGCAGCGCUCAAAGCUCGGGAGGAGGCGCAGCGGGAAGACGACUUCGUGACCGGCAGCGGCGGCUUCGACGACGACGAGGAUGAAGAGGAAUGGGAGGGCGAGGAGUGGGAUGGCGGCGAGGGGGAGGGUGAAGAAACGGCCGACAUCAAGGACGAGAGCACGGCGUACCUGGAUUUCCUGUCCCAGCAGGCGGAGAAGUUCAACGCGGCAGUCGGCGAUGAUGAGGAGGGCGACGAGAUGGAGGAGGAGAGUCUGCUGGAGACGCCGCUGGAUUCGAUGGAGGUGUAUGGGUUGUUUAAGGGGACUUUGGAGGCUAUGAGCCAACAGCAACCGCAGCUCUACAAUUCCCUCACCACAGCGCUCACGCCCGAGGAGCAGCAGGUGAUUAAGGCGGCGCUGGAGCAGGCGGACAAGAUCGCCGCGGACCAGCAGCAGCAGCAGCAGUUCUCUGGGGCGUCGGCGGUCGCGGGGGCGGGCGUGGGUAGCCAGCAGGCCCAGACGAAUGGCGCGUGA